ACUCCAUGUUCUCAACUAUUAGGGAGGAAAAUAUUGCUCCUCUGUUGAGAUUGAAUCGCUUGCUAUACGUGAAAGCAACUGAUGCCUCCAAAUGCAUAAAUUCAUUUUUCUUUUUAAUAAUAUUUUCUUAUUACGUUUACUUUGCUCUCAAUUGCAUCUUUUCAUUUGACUUUUUUUUCGAAUCAAUUAAAGAUUCUUGGUACAUGCUGAUACGACAUUUAAUACGAAUGAUUGGUCAGUUCAGUUAUAUGCUCAUAGUAACUUAUGCUUUUAUCCAUGUAAAUCAGCUGUCUGUUGGUAUAUUUGAUAAAGUUUAUUCACUUACCUUGACUACAUCUGGUUCAUUUGAAUACUCUAAUGAGAUUAAUCUUUUUUUACUUCGAGUUGGACGCUUUGAUGCUGGUUUUACCUUUGCUGGUCUAUUUGUUAUAACUCCAAGUUUCGUCUCAUCAUUGGCGACCAUUUCACUGACUCUUGGCUUAGCAAUACCAAGUCUAUUCCGCUAAAAGGGAGGAAAAAGGCAUCAAUAAGUAUACUUGUACUUCACUUGGUGGUGUCGCUUGUCCUUGUGCUGAGAGGUUUAACUGUGACGUUGUGAUUCAAGCUUCGAGCAACAGUCUCAGAAAAUAUAGUAUUCGAACGUCUAAAGUUCUUUAAUUAACACCCUGUAAUAGUUCAAUAAACAAAC